ACUUCAACAAUUUUCCUUUCCAUCAGAUGGCAACAUACGGAUCUAAGCGUUUGAUCACAAGUGGUGAACUGUUUAUGCUGUAAAGUUUUUAACACUCGGUUAGUUUGUGGUAACACUGUGAAUAGAAGAUAUGAUUUAUAUUUUCUUAUUCUUGAAUUAUAGUUUAUACAGUUACGAAAGUUAUAGCACUUUUACGCCUAUAGCUUUACUUGCCGAAUGAAAACAGAUAAAAUGAGUUAUAGAUAAAGAAAGUUGGUGAAACAGGAAAUUAGGACAUCAAAAAAUGUUGAAGUACUGUAUGAGGUAAAAUACCAGAUGGUAUACUGCUGAUGGAAACCAUAUUUAGUUCCAACAUUUGGUAGAUAGAGCACAUAUCAUUUGACACCUGUUUCAUUCCAGCUGUUUGUAAUGUACAAAGCCUUUUGAAGCAGAUCAUUUCUUCAAAGAGUAUAAGAAGGACAUAACUGUGAAAGUAUAUCAGACACUCAGUUUAUCAUGGAUAUCAAAGAAAAACUGCAGGAAAUGGAAGAAAGAAUCAUUAAACUGGAAAUGAAUGUUCCAAAAACAUUUCCACCUGUUAAGCCAUUAGGAUAUAAAGAUAAAAAAAGAAUUUUGGUUUCUGGUGGAGCUGGAUUUGUUGGGAGUCAUCUGGUUGACAGACUUAUGAUGGAUGGCCAUAGUGUAACAGUUGUUGACAACUUUUUUACUGGAAGUAGAAAAAACAUUGAACAAUGGAUUGGACAUGAGAACUUUGAAAUUAUAAACCAUGAUAUUAUAAAUCCAUUAUUUAUUGAAGUGGAUCAGAUUUAUCAUCUAGCUUCACCUGCAUCUCCUCCACAUUACAUGCUGAAUCCAAUAAAAACACUUAAAACAAAUAUCCUUGGAACAAUUAAUAUGCUUGGCUUAGCUAAGAGAGUGAAGGCUAGAUUUUUAAUAUCCUCUACAUCUGAGUUGUAUGGAGAUCCUGAGAUUCAUCCACAAUCAGAGGAUUACUGGGGUAAUGUCAACCCCAUUGGCCCACGUGCUUGUUAUGAUGAAGGUAAACGUGCAGCUGAGGCCAUUUGUUACGCUUAUGUAAGAAAGGAAAAUAUUGAAGUAAGAGUAGCUCGUAUCUUCAACACCUAUGGCCCCCGAAUGCACAUUAACGAUGGACGUGUUGUUAGCAAUUUUAUUAUUCAAGCCAUAGAAAAUCUUCCCAUAACAAUCUAUGGGUCUGGAAAACAGACACGAUCAUUUCAGUAUGUGUCUGAUCUAGUGGAAGGACUUGUUGCUUUAAUGAAUGGAAAUUAUUCCCUUCCUGUCAAUUUAGGAAAUCCUGAUGAAUAUACAAUUGAAAAAUUUGCAACUCUUAUUAAAGAGUUUGUUGGGAGUUCUAGUCCAAUAGUUUUCAAAGAAGGUCUGGAAGAUGACCCAAAGCAGAGGAAACCUGACAUCACUCGUGCUAAAAAUUAUUUAAAUUGGAGUCCCAAGGUGUCAUUGCAAGAUGGUCUACAGAAAACAGUAAACUAUUUUAAAAAAGAAAUACAAAUGUCAAAAACUGGAUUAAGAUCUUAGUAAUGGAUCCUCAUACAGAAGACUUGAUGUUAAGCUGUAGAAAACUAGGACAUUAUUCUGUAUUCCUUGAUUGGGUUUGGUGAACUGGUAUUUGAAGGUAAUGGAAAAUUAAAAACUAAAAUAUGUUUUUAUUUGUUUUUUGCACAAGGCCUUAUGAAACAAAAUGUUUUGUAAUUUAAAAAAUGUUCUAAUUGAAGCAUGUGUGAACACAAAAUUUUUCUUUCAAAGUAUAUUUGAUACUUAUUAUCCUUUAUUUGUUCUGGUGUCUUAUGUUGGAUAGAUACUUUCACAUAAUAUGACAUCAAACAUUCAUUAACAACAAAAUGGCCGUGACAUAGAAAAUGUUCUGGUAAUUUUGCUACCUUAUUUUGUAAGAAAAAGACUGAGAUAAUUUAAAACCAGCCAGAACUUUUUGUGAUUUGAGAUUGUGUUGUUUAAAGUUAUGAAAAUCUUUAAUGAAUACUCUCUUCAAAAUACAUCAAACUCACAACAUAGACCUAAAUUUCUUCUAUAAACAUUUCACUUUUUUUUUAAAGGUACUGUACCAAAUCUUUUUUUACCUGAUUUAUAUACUAGUGUGUAGUUUACUACGAGUGAAUAAGAAAAUACUUCCUGGUUCUAGGUUGGGGGGGGAUGCCUUAUAAACUUAAACUUUUUUUUUCUAAAUGUUAAAAAGUGAAUUUUAGAACUUUCUAACGUCUUAAAAACACAAAGCAAGUACAAUGAAAAUAGACAAAUGUUAACCUUUGUGCUUAAGAAUUAAAAAGAUUAGUAACAGAAUAGUAUUUUACAAAUUAUAAAUGUAUUUCACAUUUCAUGUUUUGAAAUUAUGCUGUGAUCACAUAUCUAAGGAUUAUUAUCAUAGUUUUGGUAGAGAAUUUGUUAUAUAAAAAUACAUUCUUUUAAACAUACCACUAUAUAACCUCAUGUGAAGCAUGCACACGCACUUGUGUUGAUACAUCUAAAACAUUUUGGUAGUUAAAUAUAUGGUUGUACCUUUGUCACAUUUCUUUACAUCAGUUGUGAAGUUUUCAGAAGACAACAAAAUAAUUACACAAACUACUAGGUAUAGUGUGCUAAUAAAUGUUCUAUUUCUACCAGAAUUAUUUAACUCUAGUUGUUAGAUAAGACACAUGUUUCAUUUUAUUAUAGCUGAUGUAGAAAGAUUUUGAAAACGGUUUAAGGAUGUUUUCUUUACUUCAAUGUAUCCAGAUGCUGAUAAACUGUCUUAAUAUAUAUAUAUAUAUAUAUAUAUAUAUAUUCUUAUCUUUUCUGAAAUAAACAGCCUUUAUAAAACUAUUCUACUGAAAUAAAACAAUCGUUCUUUUUGUGAUAAUUGAGUCAAUGAAGCAUUGAUACUGAUGAAAAUUAAAACUUUUCAGAAGUUUCCUAUCAAGAUACCUGAAGUUAAUGUUUGCAUAUAUGAAACAGUAAAGAAAAACAAAUAAAAUUCACACAUACUUAUGCAUCAACUUUGACGUUAUACAGCCUAAUUUACCCAUUCAAAUUCCAUAUAUAAAAACAUGUAUCUAGACUUAGAAAUUACUCUUCAGUCUUAUCCAUUUUUUUUAUGGAAUUACAAUGCUAAAAUCCGGGUUUUGAUUCCCUGCAGUAGAAAAAGAAAAGAUAGGCCAUUGUGACUUUGCUCUGAAACAAACAAACCAAAAUCUUACAAUUUCGUUCUAUGGAAAUCCACAGUUACUGAACAAAGUUACACUGACAUAAACAUCACUUUGUAUGCACAGAUCAUGUAUGUGUCCAGUCAUAGCUAAAUAG